AGUGCGCACUUAAACAGCCGGGCGUGGAUUAAACUCCGCCGCAGUUAUUCUGAUCUUGUCCAGCAGCGGUUACAGCUUCAUCUGAUCUGUUUCUGGUAGCGCUGCAAUACAUCUGACAGACCAGAAUGCUGACGAGACUUUUCUGUCUUCACGGCCUGUUUGUGGCCUCCCACCCCUGGGAAGUGAUCGUGGCCACUGUGACUCUCACCAUCUGCAUGAUGUCCAUGAACAUGUUCACUGGCAAUAACCAAAUUUGUGGUUGGAAUUUCGACUGCCCCAAGUUUGACGAGCAAGUCCUCAGUAGUGACAUCAUCAUUUUGACCAUCACCAGAUGUAUCGCAGUGGUUUACAUUUACUUCCAAUUCCAAAAUCUCAGACAGAUCGGAUCAAAAUAUAUCCUUGGUAUUGCUGGCCUUUUCACAAUCUUUUCAAGUUUUGUCUUCAGUACUGUUGUGAUUCAUUUCUUGGAUAAGGAGCUGACAGGUCUAAAUGAAGCAUUGCCAUUCUUCCUGCUCCUGAUUGACCUCUCUAAAGCCUGUUCUCUGGCCAAGUUUGCACUGAGUUCAAACUCACAGGGAGAAGUGAGAGAAAAUAUUGCCAGAGGGAUGGCUGUUUUGGGCCCAGCCUUUACUCUGGAUGCCCUGGUGGAGUGCCUAGUAAUUGGUGUUGGUACCAUGUCAGGUGUUCGACAACUUGAAAUCAUGUGCUGUUUUGGAUGCAUGUCCAUCCUGGCCAACUACUUUGUCUUCAUGACUUUCUUCCCAGCUUGUGUUUCAUUAGUGCUUGAGAUAUCCAGAGAGAGCAGAGAGGGGCAUCCUAUCUGGCAGAUAAGCCAAUUUGCUAGUGUGUUGGAGGAAGAGGAAGAUAAUAAACCCAAUCCUGUUACCCAGAGAGUCAAGAUGAUCAUGUCUCUUGGCCUGGUGAUGGUUCAUGCUCACAGCCGAUGGAUUGCAGAUCCCACAUCUCUAAACACAACCAUGGACGUGCCCCAAGUGGUCAUGAGAGUAAAUGGCAACACACCCAGGAGGAUUGAACCUGAUAUGCCCCUGUGGCAGUUUUACAUGUCCAGAAUGAUCAGCAUGGACAUUGAGCAGGUCAUCACUCUGGGUCUUGCCCUUUUCCUGGCAGUAAAGUACAUCUUCUUCGAGCAGGUGGAAACAGAGUCCACACUAUCUCUAAAAGUCUCUAAUUCCAGUUCCGUGCCUACACAAAAAGGAUCUCCUGACCAGUGCUGCAGGAAGGAAGCACCCAUCCUCCCUAGCAAAAAUGAGAAGCUUGCCUCUCUUCCUCCAGUAAUAACUAAAGAAGAAAUAGAUCUAGUCAUUAAGCCCUUGCCUAUUGUGAGUGAACCAGUUCCAAAAAGCACAUUUGUGGUGGGAGAGGAGGAAAACUUUGACAGUGCUGAUGUGGAGGAGUCUCAGCCCAGUGUACCGUUAGAGCCCCGACCAGUGGACGCAUGCCUGACCAUUCUGAAAAACCCACAGAUGGGUGCUCGAUACCUGAGUGAUGCUGAGGUGAUCAUGUUAGUGAAUGCCAAGCACAUUCCUGCUUACAAACUGGAGUCCAUGAUGGAGAAGCCAGAGAGAGGGGUGAUGAUCCGCAGAAAAAUGCUUUGCCCCAAACUCCCUAAAACAUCUGCUCUUACCACUCUUCCAUACAAAGAUUAUGACUACUCUCAGGUGAUGGGAACUUGCUGCGAGAACGUGAUUGGUUACAUGCCUGUACCAGUGGGUGUUGCAGGUCCUCUGCUGUUGGACGGAAAACAACUUCAGGUCCCCCUGGCAACAACCGAGGGCUGUCUUGUGGCCAGUACUAACAGAGGCUGCAGAGCCAUUGCUCUGUCCGGCGAAGCUAACAGCAGGCUUUUGGCUGAUGGGAUGACUCGUGGUCCAGUGGUUCGCCUGCCUUCUGCCUGCCAAGCUGCAGAGGUCAAGGCCUGGCUGGAGAGUCCUGAGGGCUUCAAGUGCAUCAAGGAAUCAUUUGACCACACAAGCAGGUUUGCUCGUUUGGAGAAGCUUCUGAUUGGCCUUGCGUCACGCAAUCUGUAUAUACGUUUUCAGUCCAGAACUGGAGAUGCUAUGGGAAUGAACAUGAUUUCAAAGGGCACAGAGCAGGCUCUGGCUAGGCUUAAAGAGAAAUUCCCAGAAUUGCAGGUCCUGGCGGUCAGUGGCAACUACUGCACUGACAAAAAACCUGCUGCUAUUAACUGGAUUGAGGGCAGGGGCAAAUCUGUGGUGUGUGAAGCCACCAUACCUGCCAGGGUGGUCAAAGAGAUUUUGAAGACGACUACAGAAGCUCUGGUGGAUGUAAACAUCAAUAAGAACCUUGUGGGUUCUGCCAUGGCAGGAAGUAUUGGGGGCUACAAUGCUCAUGCAGCCAACAUAGUUGCUGCUAUUUACAUCGCCUGUGGGCAGGACCCCGCUCAGACUGUGGGAAGCUCAAACUGUAUUACUUUGAUGGAAGCUGCAGGCCCUACAGGAGAGGAUCUCUACAUCAGCUGUACCAUGCCCUCCAUCGAGCUGGGCACUGUGGGAGGGGGUACCAACCUGGCACCCCAGCAAGCAUGUCUGCAGAUGUUAGGUGUACAAGGUGCCAAUGAGGUGUGCCCGGGUGAGAAUGCACAACAGCUUGCCAGAGUGGUGUGUGCCACUGUGCUGGCAGGUGAGCUGUCGCUUAUGUCUGCCCUCGCAGCAGGACACCUUGUCAAAAGCCACAUGACACAUAAUAGGUCAAAAGUAAAUUUACAGGAAACCCCUGGAACCUGCACAAAACAAGCAUCUUAAGACUUGAUUGGAACAUCAAGGAAGAAUUGAGAGGCUACAUACUUUUGGCACAUUUUAAAACUUUUACUUGUGAGUAAAAGUCAAAUAGACUGUAAAACCAAAGAGACUGCAAGUGCAAAGAGACUACAAGUGCAAAAGAGAAUUUAAUAAUUUAAAAAGCCCCUUAGUUAUCUUAAAGACUGAAUAUGAUCAUACAUCAUCUUAAGCCCCUUUUACACUAAAAACCUGGGAAAUUAUCAGGGUACCUUUAUGGUAUUGUCAAAGUUCUGUAUCAUUUACACUUGCUGCCUUUAUGCAGAAAUUUGUAACACACAAUGAAUUUGGUAGAAAUUAAGUUUCACACACUUGCUUUUUCUCUAAUAAAUGCUUUACUCACUAAGUGAAUAAUGGGUGACAGUCCUUGCAGAACAGUGGCAUUCUCAACAGUGGCAUUUAAAGUAUACUUAUAUUGUUGAUUCUUCAAUCUAUCUUACAGAGCUUAUCUGAAAGGAUAUUUUUAUUUACAGUUUAUUCUUAACUGUUUUUUCCAUUUAAGUUCUGAGACAUUUCGCAUGGUCUUAAAGGAAACAGCUUUGGUGCACGUCUCACUCUAAACUGAGUGCUUAUAGACAGUUAACUAAUAAAAUCUCAGAUAUCAGAAAGAUAUAAAACAGAUUAAAAACUACUCGACCACCAGAAUCCCAAAUAGUCCACCGCAAAACCACCCUAAACACUUACAGUUAUCAUUGCCUCUGAUACUGUUUACCUUGAAGUAAGACAUUUUCUUGCCCUAAAACUGCUAUGUGAAACCUGCCAAGAAAAGUUAGCAAGGAACAAUAUAUUAGCAAAGAAUAUCAAAGCAAAGUACCCAUAAUACAUGAACUAAUGAGUGACCUAUUUUGUGAGUUGUAUUAUGAUUCAUAAGAAUAAAGAUCAAUAAUAAUAAUUAUUCUUUUACAUUGUUACACAUUGGUAUAACAUGAAGACUGCUGCCAUUUUAGUGUGCUGUGAACAAAGGAAUUUAUUACAAGGGUACUGUAAAAGCACAUGUGUAGUGUACUGCUUUGAAAAUUUACGGUACAUAUGCUGUUUCUCAGGCAUGUUUUAUAUGCUUCAUAUUAUAUUUUACAAUGUAAAGCCAUGUUCUCAAUAAUCUACAGGGUGGGGCAAUAGUAAAGCAUCUGCCGUGUUUUAGGAAUUUGUGAAUUUAUCUUACUGAUCUCCAUAAUGCCUCAGCUUGUCUGUGACAGAGCUCUGAAUGGGAGAGAUGGCAACACCAGCAGAGAAUGGAGCACCUACUGCUAUCACCCUAGACUAAAUAUUUGCUCUAUAAUGCUGCAAACCCACUACCAAGCUGUCAAUUGAUAAAAGCACUUGCUAGUGGUGGGGGGACUAUAGUAGCAUAUAAAACAACUGUGAGAAAUGUCUCAAGAAAUGUCCUUUGUUCAUGCAGUCUCUUUUUAAAUGUUUAAUUCAUUUUGUAUGAUAAAAUACAAUUAACAGUAUAUUUUUUUAUAAAAAUGGAAAUACAAUUUUUACGGUACAUUUUGAAAACAUUUUUUAAAUAAAUUGAAUACACAAUU